GCUCGCCGCUCGGGGUCAGCUGUUUGGUGGCUGGCUGCUCCUGGGCUUCGUGUAGCAGUAGGAAUUCUACAUAAUGGGAGACACCAAAUAAGGAAAGAAGAGAUUACUCACACUUCUGAAGCACAGAAAAGCUUUUGGCUAAGCUGCUGUAACCCAGAAUGGCUGUUGAAUCCACAGCCGUUUCAACCGAAGAUCUUCAGGAACAUAACCUAAUACUAGUGAAAAUAGAAGAGGGCGUUUCCUGGGAUCCAAAAUUCAAGCAGAAUGGGAGUACCCAAUCCUGCCAAGAAUUAUUUCGCCAGCAAUUCAGAAAGUUUUGCUACCAGGAGACUCCUGGGCCCCGGGAAGCUCUGGGCCGACUCCAGGAGCUUUGCUAUCAGUGGCUAAUGCCAGAGUUGCACACAAAGGAGCAGAUCCUAGAACUACUGAUCCUGGAACAGUUCCUGAGCAUCCUGCCUGAGGAACUGCAGAUCUGGGUGCAGCAGCGUAAUCCACAAAGUGGAGAGGAAGCUGUGACCCUUUUGGAGGAUUUGGAGAGGGAGUUUGAUGAUCCAGGGCCGCAGGUCCCAGCUAGUCUACAUGGAACAGCAGUGCCGAGGAAGGAUUUAACAUACUGUGGUGUAUCCCAAGAGUUGGCAAACAUCCAACUGCAGCCUUUAAGGGCACAGCUGAAAUCCUGGAAACCUUGCCUUUCCCCAAAAAGUGCUUGUGAGAACAAUGAAACCGCAACAAAGGAGGACAUUUCAGGAGAAAAAUCACAGGGUCUCCCUGGGGAAACUUCAUUUGGAAGAGUUAGUGGACAUGAAAGCAGUUUAGAGCGGAAGCAAGGAAGUGCUACAAGGGAGAUAUUAAGAAGAUCCCCUUCCCAAGUGAGCAGUUGUAGUCAGGUGAUCUUCACACACAAAUCUCUAGGACAGAGAGACCAGGAUGCUGACCCUACAAGAUGCUUGAUUCUAACUAGUACAAAGUCUAUGAGAUGUCAGAAGCUUCCUCCAGAAGAGAGACCUUAUAGAUGUGAUGUAUGUGAGCACAGCUUUAAGCAGUAUUCCUCUCUAACACAACAUCAGAGAAUCCAUACUGGAGAAAAACCAUAUAAGUGUAACCAGUGUGGGAAGGCCUUUAGUUUGAGGUCAUAUCUUAUUAUUCAUCAGAGAAUUCAUAGUGGUGAAAAAGCAUAUGAAUGUAGUGAAUGUGGGAAAGCUUUCAAUCAGAGUUCAGCCCUCAUUAGACAUCGGAAAAUCCACACUGGUGAGAAAGCUUGUAAAUGUAAUGAGUGUGGCAAAGCAUUCAGCCAAAGUUCCUAUCUCAUUAUACAUCAAAGAAUUCACACUGGUGAGAAACCUUAUGAAUGUAAUGAGUGUGGGAAAACCUUUAGCCAGAGCUCAAAACUUAUUAGACAUCAGCGAAUUCACACAGGAGAGAGACCCUAUGAAUGUAACGAAUGUGGAAAAGCUUUCAGGCAGAGCUCAGAGCUGAUUACCCAUCAGAGAAUACAUAGUGGAGAGAAACCCUAUGAAUGUAGUGAAUGUGGAAAAGCUUUCAGUUUGAGUUCAAACCUUAUUAGACACCAGAGAAUCCAUAGUGGAGAGGAACCUUAUCAGUGUAAUGAAUGUGGCAAAACCUUCAAAAGGAGCUCAGCUCUUGUUCAGCAUCAGAGAAUUCAUUCUGGGGAUGAAACUUACAUAUGUAAUGAAUGUGGGAAGGCAUUCAGGCACAGAUCAGUCCUCCUGCGCCAUCAGAGAGUCCACACUGUAAAGUAGCUUGUGAAUGAAUAUUGUAAAUACUUAACGUUUUUAUCUUUGUUAAGUCAAAAGAGUUUAUUUUGGAGCAAGACUUCAUUAAGGUUGUAAACUGCUAGGAUUUGUGAGUCAGUCUGACUUGGGUGGUGGAGUAUUUCCCAGUGCUAAUGUAAAUUGCCCCUUAAAAAGCUUCCCUAUGACUGAUCAGAACAGGAGAAUCAUUACUUCCAGCUUUUCUCUUGCCAUUAGUAAUACUCAGGAAAUAUGAAAAAAUGAGAUUGUUACAUUGAAACCAUUUUUUUUAAUGGGAAUAUCAUGAA